CGAGGCGACUUCGGCGGCUCGGGCGCUUUCACCUCUCCGGAGCGGGAGCGGGAGUGGGGCGGGGUUGGGGAUGGGCCGUCCUGCCGCGGCUGGGGCAGCAGCCUUCCCCCGGGUCCGGCGCCGAGGCUGUCUCCUCAGGGGCGGGAAUGGAGCCUGGACCCCUGUCCAAAGCCGAGGCUCGGUCCGCGCUCCUGCGGCUAGGCUGAAGCUGCUCCCCCUCCCCGCCGCCUCCGGGCCGGAGCGGAGACUAACGUUCUGGCCGUGCACCCGCGCUGGGACCAGGCUGUGGUCCCGAGGCCGCAGCUCCACUCUCGGCCGCCACCUCCCCCUGGGCCCCCUGCUCCCUCAGCCGCAGGCCACUCGGGGGGCUGGGGCUGGAAGGCUGCACCUCUUCCCUCUCCCCCGGGGCGGCCCCACUCCGUCCCCCUGUGCUGCCUGCAGCCGCGGCCCCCUCAGCAGCUGUCUCUUGGCGCCUCCUCGCCAUGCCCAGCAGAGCAGUUGGAGCAGACGCCGGGCUGCCCGGAAGACUUUUCGGUGGGGCUUCCGCACUGAGGUGGAAACCCAGCAGAACCUGCCGUUUCUCCCCUUCCCGGCCCCGCAAGGCGGCCCGCCCGACCCCCACAUCCCGGGUUUGGAGAAUCCUGCUGAGCGUGUGCAGUGGGAGGAUUCUCCAAAGCUUCCAGCUUGCCACCUGGAAGAAGGUCACUUUCCUUUGAGCAAAGGCGAUAAUGGGAGGUACCCUGCCGGCGUUCACUAAGAGGCGGGGGUGACAGGGGCUGUGGUUGCUCGGGGAGGGUUGUGGCACUCGGGGCUGGGUGGCUGUCCCUAAGCUUGCUCUGACAAAAGAGUUUUGAGUUGGUCUUUUGGCUGAGCCUGCCCAGGAAGGCGGGCUCCUGCAGGAGUCUUGGAGGGUCGGAUGCGGCGCCGGAUGAGGAUGAGGCGUGGCGGAAGAUGCGUUUGGCUCUGCAGACACUGCAUCGGGCAGCAGGGGACUCUGGGAGGCUGGUGCAGCCAGAAGGCAUGGCUCUUGACAGCCUUCUAGUAGAAUCUCUGGAAUUGUGCAUGGCAGAAGAGGAAAGAAACUAACGGGUAUUGAGCACCUACUUUGUGCCAGGCCCAGGCCAGGUACUUUACAUAAUUUAUUUCCUUCUUUCCUCACAACUCUGUAAAAUGUAGUUUUAUUCUCAUUUCACAAAUGAGGAAAUUGAGGCUCAAAGAAAUUGAGUAAUAUUCCAGAUCAUAUGGAAAAUGACAACUGGGAUUUGAACUCAACUGUGUGUCUCAUCCCCAAAGUUCAUGCUCUUCUCCCCUCCAUGAGUAACCUGUGCUGGGGUUAGAGUAGCAGAGUGGCAAUUUGACCUGAAGAUUCUGGUAAAUCAGCGGCUUGGGCCCUCCUUGUGGCUGAUUGCACCCAGGAGGCAGUUCAGUGGAUGAGCCAGCCUUGUGGGGAUAUUAAAGCUGAGAAAGUUUUAGGUUUAAGGUCACUAGGGUCAGAGAGACUCACUCCCAACUGAGCUUGUAGAACCAGAAAGGAUUCUCCACUGACACAGUGUGAAACAGCUGUUCUACCUCCUGGAAGGGCCUGAGCCCACAGCCUGCAUGGAAUUUUGGAUAAAAGCUCCUGGGCACUGAGGUGGGGUUGUGUCAGCUCUCUUAGCUCUUGUUAGCGUUAGAAUGGUCUGAGAUUCUUCUUACUGAUUGCCCUCUCAUCAGUGGCUCAGAGUGACUCAUAGCAUGUUGGGAGAGGGACUGGUUUGGCAAUGUUUUAAAUUCUGCCUUUGUAUUGAACAGCUGAGACAUGAGCCAUAUAGGCUUUAAGCAUUCAUUUAUUUAUUCAGUGAAUGCCUGCAAUGUGCCAGGCCCAAGCCAAGCCUAGGUUGCUGGGCAUAUUUAAAUGACCAAGGUCUAUACCCUGCCCCCAGAAAGCUCACAUUCUAUCAGGGAUUUAGGGACAGACAGAAUACAUCUAUGGCACAGUUCAAUGAUGCUAUACUAAAUAGAAUCAAUUCUGCUUAGCUUGACCAGCAAAAGCUUCAUUGACUUUUAACCAGAAUCUUAGGGAAUGAGUAGGAAUUUACAAGGAGUAGAUGUUUCCCAGCACUUAGUGCAAUUGGCAGGAGGUAGGGGCUCUGAGAAUGUUGAAUGAGGGAAUGAAUGGAUGAAUGGAAGAGUAAGCGAAGAUAACUAUGCCAGUGAGUUUUUCUAGGCUGAAGAUUAAUUCCUCUGUUUCUGAAAGGGAAUUUUAGCUGCUGCUGUUGUCCUCUGCCUGCCUUGGUGACAGAGAGGCUCUUGGAGUUGGGUGCCUUGAGAGUAGAGUGCUCUAAUGGGCCAUUUCAGAAUAGAAUUUGGGACCUUUUGCUUGGCGGCUGGUUAGAUACAGCAUGUGCCUUGGGGAAAUCCUGUAUAAACAUACAAAGACUCUGGAGAUGAAAAAGAAUCCAUGGGGUGAAUGAGGCCAGGUUUAGUGCUGGAAUUUCAAUCCAGCUUCAGAGUAGUCCUUGACAGCUGUUUGGUCUGGCACUGGGUUAUUCCAAAAUUGUGGACAGAAAGGCCAAGCUAGAAAAUAGAGUCAUGCCCCAAAUAGCUAUCUUUUUUUUCUUUUUUGAGACAGGCUGUCACUGUCACCCAGGUUGGAGUACAGUGGUGCAAUCUUGGCUCACUGCAACCUCUGCCACUUGGGCUUGAGCAAUCAAUCCUCCAACCUCAGGAGACCCUUAUGUAUUCCAAAAAAUUAUUGAGGAACCCAAAGAGCUUUUGUUUAUGUUGUCUAUUGAUAUUUACCAAAUUAAAUAUUAAAGCCGAGAAAGUUUAAAAAUAUUUUAUCACUAAUUCAUUUAAGAGAGACAAUAUUAAAUCUGUUGUGUUAACAUAAAUAACAAUUUUUAAUGAAAACUGUAUUUUCCAAAACAAAAUUAGAAGAAUGGCCAGGUGUGGUGGCUCAUGCCUCUGAUGCUAGCACUUUGAGAGGCUGACGCAGG